UUACCACCACCACCACCACCACCACCACCACCUAUAAAUCCCUCCCAUUCCCACCCUUCACCGCUAAUACAUCCUCUCAAAACUCCCAUCUCUGUACGUUGUUCAUAUCAUCGCAAUUCCCAGCUAUCCCUCCUCAAUCACCAUGGAUUUUGAAUUUCAAGAAUCCGACAUAGUUUUCACCGAUCAAGAUCAAGCAACCCUGGAUCGGAGCAGCGACGAGGAUGAGCAUGAUGACUACAGUUUCUGCAAUACAACGGUAGUGCUGAUUCAGGACAACUCAAGGAAGCGUGGCGAAUCGGAAAAGAAGAAUAAAAUGACAAACUCUCCGCCGGUCGAUAUCCCGGAAACUUUUAUCCAGUCCCCUGAAUUUCAUUACGCAUUCGAAGAGGGGGACGAUGAAGGGGAGGUUGUGCCGCCACACUUGAUUGUCGAGCGGCGCGUGGCUGCGAGGAUGGUGUCUUCAGUGCGCUUUAGCCAUGGGAGGACGCUUAAGGGCAGAAAUUUGAGUGAAGUGCGGAAUUCAAUUCUUCGAAUGACCGGCUUUUUGGAGUCAUGAGAAAUCACUUCUGGGGAUUUCAUUAUCAUUACCUUGCACACAAAAAUAUCCAAAAAAAAAAAAAAGGGGGGAAGGAAAAAGUCAAAAAAGAAAAAGGAAAGGAUCAUUUUCCUUUUUUCUUCUUUUUCUUCAUCUCCAUUUUCUCGAUGUCUGUUCAGUUUCUUUGUAGAUUAUCAUUCAGGGCAAUGAUGUGGACAACUUAGGAUUCAAAAUCGGAAAUGUGUAUAUUUAGGUUCUUAUGCAAUUCAUUCUACUUCCUUAAAAUUCAUGUACAGACAGCUUGUUGCAUUAAUGGUGGGUUUAAUGUGGAUUGUCUGAAAACCCUACCCGGAAACUGUUAUCAAGGGAGGGGUUUCCUUUAUUGUUUUU